AUGAUGCCGAUGCUGACGGCCUGCCACUCUACACCCCUCUCCACCCCUUCACACCCCACCCCUCUCAUGCAGGACCUAGUGCACAUGUUUACGAGCAUGGCACAGCCAGGGCCCAUGGGCGACGAUGCUGAUGCUGACGAUGACGACCGCCUGCCGCUCUACUGCGCCUUCAACUUCCCAGCGGUGGUGGUGGGGCUGGGGCCAUCGCGCUGGUGGGAGCUGGAAGCAGCAUACGCGCACCUGCUCGCCUCGCCCCAUCUGGCGGUGCGGCGCACGCUGGCGUGUCACGUGCAUGAGCUGGCGGGGCUGCUGGGGCCUGCAAUCACUGUGCGCUGCCUGCUGCCUGCCCUCGAGGCUCUCGUGUGCGACGAGGAUGAGGUGCGCAUGGCGUUGGUGCCCACCUUCACCGCCUUCAUGGCGUGUCUGCCCGCCUCCCACCGCCCGCACUGUGCUCGCCUGCUGCCACGCCUGCUGUGGCGCCAGGGGCUCACGCCUGAGGAUCCAAGUGUAGAUGGUGACGAGUAUGUGGAUAGCCCUCGGUACCCCCCGCCGCCAAGGGUCCCUGUGGGUGGUGCUGCGGAUGCGGGUGUUGAGGGUGGGAGUAACACAUGUGACAGUAACGAGAGUGAGGCAAAUUCAUGUGGCAGUAACGAGAGUGAGGGAAAUAUAUGUGACAAUAAGGGGGGAGAGGGGCGGCAAGGUGGGCAAUGUGGUGAGGGAGAGGAGGCAAGGGAGGAGGUGAGGGAGGAGGCGAAGGGGGAGGUGAGGGAGGAGGCGAAGGGGGAGGUGAGGGAGGAGAGCGGUGGGCUGUGGGCGAAGAUAGUGAGUGGGCUGGGUGGCCUUGGGACAGGCGGCUGGCUGGGGGAGGUGGCAUUUGGGGCAGGCGUGGAGGGUAAGGGUGGGGAGGUGGCAUCCGGGGCUGGUGUGGAUGGUGGUGGAGGGGAGGUGGGGCGUGAGUGUGUAGGGCGGAGUGUGGAGGUGAGUGAGGGGCACAGCGGUGGUGAUAGUUCGAGUGGGGGGAGUGAGAGCAGUAGUACUAGUGGUAAUGGUGUGGUUCAGGGUAGUGAGAGUAAUGGGGAUAGUUUGAGUGAGGAGAGUGCGAGAGGGAACAAGGAGGGCGGGACAGAGGGAGAAGGCGUAGCAGAGGGGGCAAAGAGGGCAGAGGGGACAGAGGGGGCAGAGGAAACAGAAGCAGAGAGGAAAGUUCAGGUGGGCACGCCGGCGCCCAACACUGUGCGCGUCCAUGUGGCAGCAGCGGAUUCGCCGAGGCCGCUGGUGCUGGGCGGCAGCAACCCGAGUGUGCAGGUGCAGCUGAGGGCGCUCCCCAGCCGCAACCGCGUGCGCCCUCAGAUGAGGGUGGCCGGCAGAGAGAGCUCCUGGCACCUGCGCCUCGCUGCUCUCAGCCAAGCGUCAGGAGUGGCGCAGCUUCUGCCGCCCAACAGCGCCGCCCUGCCGCUCCUCAUCGACCUCGUUCUCUCCCUCUGCAGGGACCGAAUCGCCACUGUGCGGGAGGAGGCAGCCAGACAGGCUGCCAAAUUGCUGACCCUUACUACCCUGUCUGCUGCCACGUCAGCAUCACUGCAAGCCGCCACAUCAGCGUCAUCAGCACCAGCCAUGUCAGCAUGCCACUCGUCGCUGACGUGCGAACCAACACUUCCUGCCACGUCAGCAAGACAGGGUUGGGCAGGCCAUUCAGAACGUGUGGAUUCAUGUGCAUCUGCCGCAUGCAAUCCUGCUGAACCCUUAUCUGCCGAACCUCAUUCUACUGCCUCCUGUUGUACCGAGCCUCUUGCAGCUGAAUUGUAUGCUGCCGAGCCGCACGGUGGUUCGGGCAACAGUAGCAGCACUGUGCAUGGAGAGGGUGAAGCAAGAGGGGGCGAUGGGGCGAGCAAUAGGGGGGAGAGUAAUGGUGGGGAGAGCAGUGGUGGAGGGAAGCGGGGGGAUGGUGAGAGCGAGGGCAGUAGUGAGCGUGAGGGCGAGGAGAAGGGGGUGCAUGAGCACGACAUGUUGCAUGAGAAGGGGGUGCAUGGCAGCAGGCACGGGCACCAAAGCAAUCCCCAGGAUGCCUCUCAUGCCACUCACUCUACCAACAUGGUUGCUGUGAACUUGGUCCAUCCCCACCCUGCGUCUCACCCAGGGGCCCACCCUGCGUCUCACCCAGGGGCCCACCCUGCCUCUCACCCAGGGGCCCACCCUGCCUCUCACCCAGGGGCCCACCCUGCCUCUCACCCAGGGGCCCACCGUGCCUCUCACCCAGGCGCCCAUCCAUCUCCCGCCGUGUCCCCUCCCCCGGACUCUCAUGCAUCUGCCUCCGAGGCUUUACUUGCUGCCUUGGCGGGCCUCGCCUCGAGUCGCAACUUCCGCGACCGACAAACGUACUUUGUGCUGGCCCCUGCUCGCCCUUCUUCUCUUCUCCGCGCAUCUGCCCUCAUCUUUCUUUCUCCCCUCCCCGCUCACCUUGUCUCUUCUUUCCAUCACUCGUGUUCAUCUCCUCAAGUGAUUGCUUCACCAUAA